GGAGACAAUACGUGCAGAAAGACCAUUAGAGCACAUCAUACGGGCUAUAGUUGAGCUCGUAUUGAUGCUCGAGUAAGAAACACGGGUUUAUUGACAAAUUUUGGCAGACAUUCUGGCACUACCUAGACCGACAUCAACAGCUGCUGCUGUUGAACCACAACAUCAUCAAAACAGCAGUCGAAGUUAUAGUAACCCUGGAACGUUGGGUUUAGUUGCUGCUGCUACUGUUUAUACAGUUAUACAGCUGCUAGUUCGUUCGUUCGUUCAUCUGUCGUCUACUUAUAGAGUCGUUGCUGGAUCAGCUGGCUGGAGGUGUUGCGGUAUAUCAUCGCCUACUCUUGCGCUUGGCCAUGCCUGUAUUCCUGUGUGUUAGGAUUGCAUAACCUCCGAAGGGCGCUGAUGCUGGGGUGGGUGGCAUCACCGAUGUCGGAUUGCUGCUUACCACCCCUAGCAGCUGCUCUGUGGCCGCUUCAGGCUAGCUGCUGCGUCGGUCCGUCACUGCCGCAGCAAGAAGGGUGAACUGUCAUUCCUCUGGCCACACGUUGAGUCGAUGUGAGGACGAACGACGACUUCGAGCAGCUGGAAUCAUGCUAUCAGUAUUACCACCACCUACUCACGACAACUGUUCAGUUGUCCCAACGUUAUCAUCGUGCUUGUGGUCGUCGUCAGUGGCGUCAUGAUCGUAGGACCAUCUCAGAGUCGAUGAUGGCGUUAGAGAGCGAACGAGUCGGUGUGUUCAGGUGGGCUGCAGUGCAGUGCUAGUUAAAUGCUUUGCGCGCUGGCUUACUUUCGAAGAUAGACGAACCAACAGGACCGGCGGCCUGUGGCGGUAGUGAUUGGUGGGGUUCAUUCACUGAACAGAAUAACAGCAGUAGCAACAACGGUGCCAUCACUUUGAAGAGGCAACGAUUGAAAUGGCGUCGAGAACGGCCAGCAAAGCCAAAGGUUUGGAUAGUGAAAUUUACCGAUACCGCGAUGAGUCGAACUGGCGGAAGUUGCAAGAGACUGCGGAACAAUUGCGGCAGAGGGCGAGUGCGAUGGGCAACUCAGCUCAUCUCGCUAAUCUGCUUAUUGGCGAGGCGAAAUUAGAAAUGUAUCUGGAAGAGAACCCUCCAGUUGAGAAUAAUAUCUCUAAAGCUCGAACAUCACUCACCGAGGCCAAACGUUACCUGUCGGAUUGCACCAAAAGCGAUGCGGAAAAAUCGAACGUAGCUACAGACGCACGCUUCCUGCUGGCAAAAUGCUGUUAUGCCCAAGGGCAAUAUGAACAGGCGCUCGAGCAUCUCGAUCAGGGAGGGAUCGAACGUCUGGAGGAACGACCUCUGGGUGCGCGAAUGUUAAAGAUUUUAGCCGAGUCUUUUGCCGUCAAAGGACUCUGUCUCGAACAGCAGGCCAAGGACUCGCUCGCUAAAAAGGAGACGAUUAUCAAACACUACAUUCAGGCAGGCGAGAUGGGCUUAAAAUACUUGCAGGUAGUUGAGAAAAGUCAGGGGCUCCAGGGUGCAGUUGUCCAGUUGACCCCCGGUGGAAUUCCUGCUUUUGGUGGUGUGGGUGGAGGAAGUACCGAAUUUCGUAUCGGCAUCCUGCUUGAGACAGCCCUACAGCGCGCACCUAUUCUUAUGAUGAAAUCGGGACAGAUCCGCGAAGCUGUAGAACAAUAUCGAGGAGUGUUACGUGCUCAGGAAACGACGUCAACACAGUCUCUCAGGAUGACACUCGCCAGACAGCUGGCUGAAGUUCUCCUUCGAGGAGUAAGUGAACACGAGUGGCAGCAGAUUCAGCCACGUCAACAACAGUUGGAGAGAUCCAAAGCUGGUAAAUACUGGCGGCCACAGGUCUAUAGCGGCGGAUCGCUUUAUGUUCCGCGGGAGCACAUUGAGGAGAUUCUUCUCCUGCUAGCUCUCUCCGAUGCGAUCGCCGUACGCAACGUCGUCCUCGACAGGUCGGCCGAUGUAGCUUCGGACAGGGCACAAUCGAUUAAGAACGUUACUGCGGUUCUUGAUCUCCUUUCAAUAGCGCUAGCGCGCAACGCGCAGUUUGGCCUGCUGUGCGAGAACUUUGAGAAGGUGGCAAAAUUUUCAUGUGAUGAAUACCAUAUAUGGAACCAGUUCGGCCUGUGUCUCAUUUCGGCAGGGUCCCAUUAUCGAGGCGUUCAGAUGCUGCUCGAGUCAGCUAAACUACGGCCAAAAUAUGGCUUUGAUCUGCUACUGGCGGCCAAAGUUACUCUCGUUAAUCUCUGCGAUGCUCCGGAGGCACUAAGGCUCGUAGAGGAAGCAAGUUCACGAGAGAAAGUAAUACCUGAUAGUGACAUUCUUGUGGUGUGCUACACCCUUCAGGCUUUGUGUCACGAAGCAUUGGCCGACGAAGCAGCGUGCAUCCGCACAAAAGAGCAACAACGCAUAAUGGCAUUCAAGGCUCUGGUACAGGCAAGACAGGUCGAUCCAGACUAUCCACAGGCCGAGUAUUUAAUGAGUCUUCACUAUGCUAAUUUACACCAAAUUGAUGCUGCUAUGGUAUGUGCGAAGCGGGCAUUGUGUUUAGCACCAGAUUUCUUCCCUGGUGUGCAACUUCUCAUCGUCCUUCUCACAGCCCAAAAGAAGCACGAAGAAGCUUUAGAAUUGGUGCAGCUCACUCUUGAGGAGUAUCCCAAUAAUUUAAACCUCUUAUAUCUUAAGGUAUAUCUUGAGGAUUAUCUUGAGGGUCCACAGAAGGCUCUACACACUGCUGGCGAAAUGCUCAAGCAGUGGAAAGUGUUAUACGAGAACUACCUCAAGGUGAAGCAGGCCACUCAAGCCAAUGGGCUUGCCCCACCCGCCAUCGGAACCAGUUCUCAACUAGGAAUCGUGCCGGUUGCCCAUGCCCAUUCGGGCCGUGCCUCGGUGGUCGGUAGUGGUCAGUGGGGCGGUGGCCCGUGGCAUGAACGUGAUGGCGACGGCGAUGGAAGUCUCAUGACCCGUCUUGAUCGUUCACUUAGCGAAACACUGGCACGCCUAACCCCGUGUGGCCGACGGGUGCACGUGGACGAGUUAACACUACUUCAGAUGCAAAUGCAUGUGUGGUUGUUGACAGCACGACUGUACAUCAAGAUGGCACAUUUUCCUGAAGCGGAACAGUCGAUAUCCGAAGCCUCAAAUGUAAUACCGCUCUCGCCACACGUCCUUUUGGUACGCGGUCUACUGCACGAGGCUCGUGGCGAAUGGCUAUCGGCGCGGGAUGCCCUUGAGGGCUCUCUAGCCGUACGACCUCACAGUGUAACGGCACUCCAACAUCUUGGUCUUGUCUACCAUCAACUAGGAAGCCAUCAACUAGCUGAGGCGACGCUACAGAGUGCCGCUCUUAUCGAGCCAAUGUCGCCAACGACCUGGUUCUACCUUGGACGUAUCCUGCAAGAAUCAGGCACGCCAUUCGAAGCCAGCGAAUGUCUCGAAACGGCCGUACAGCUCGAGCUAUGUGCACCUGUUCUCGAAUUCAGCAAACUACCGAGGACCCUGUGAGAUGAACACUGCCUGCCCUGGGAGCGCUUAUAAUGGUGGCUGCUACGUAUGUUCGCUAGUCAACAGCAAAGGUAGUAGCUGCUGUACCUAAGUCCAGGCAACGUCAAUGCAAAAUACGGGCGAACUGUACAAUGAAAGGGUUCUAACAAGUGAGUACGUAGAGGGAUAGGUCCCGAAAGCUUCCCAAAACUGUGUUAUUAAUGUGGAGAGGAAAUCAGCGUUGAGGAAAUCAGUGUUACAUAAGAAAUUUCAGCGCAGAAUUCAGCAAUGUAUCAAUUACUUUUUAAUGGUGACAGAUACAACGCAUACUUUUUGGUUAGUAAAACGUCCAAAGAACUGAAAUAUUAACUACUAGAAAAAACUAUAUACAUUUGUAUGUUUCGAGGUUAAAAUAUUUAUAUGUUAAGCUGUUCAACUAUCACUAAUGGUAUAAAACUAAUGAUAUAAAAACAAUUUAUCGUAAUAACAAUGAUGUAAUAUGAAAAGUAAUGGUAAUAAUAGCUAGCUAUUGUUUUAGAUGUAUGCGUAAUUAUAGUUAUUUUCGCGUCAUGCGUUAAAUGCACAACUUUAACCAUGUUGCGAUGAGUCCUGUCUUGAAAAGAUUCGCUAAUUCAAAUUUAAUAGGUUGAGAAGGGAUCCAUAAACGUUCCAUUGAUUAAAGAUGAGCUAAUAUAACCAACCUUAUUUUUAUGCUGCCCCUGUUACUGAAUAGACUGAGUUGGAUAGUAUGCACUGGUAAAUACUUCCGGUCAAUUUUUUUAGGCAUUGAUGAGAGGGUCAGCAACAGGGACUUUUGAAAACGGAACUUCUGCAUUGGUGGGCUAAUAUCGUUAGUUUUCAUUUAUUAAGCUCUUAGAGCCGUUUCCUUAACAGGUCGUCUAGUUUGAGCAGCAAGUUUUUUUAUUUAUUUUUUUAUUUUAUUAUUUAGCAAGAUUUUACUGGCAGAGAAGUAUUUCGCUAGGAUACAAUUUAUCAUUUGAUUGAGUGUUUCGAUUUAAUAGUACACUUGUUUCUCCAUACUAUAUUGUUCAAUUCAAUACGUUUUUAAUAAAGUGAGCUGAGGUUUGUGGCGGUAUCGGUAAAUGGAUUAUACGGCAUAGAAGAGUUGUGCUUUUUUGAUGUAAACUAGAGUUAAUAAGAGAUGAGGUUUGUGGCGGUAUCGAUAAUGGAUCAUACAGCAUAGAACAGUUGUGCUUUUUUGAUGUAAACUAGAGUUAAUAACCCUGUAAAUCCUAUGUAAACAGAUUUCAAAAUUAGAUUUUAUUGUUGUUGCUCAGCCGGUGCUUCCUUGCGCUACAUCCGUCAGUACUGUGUCUAAAUGGUCACAGCCAGUUAAUUUUUAUUUAAGUACAUAUUUGCAUAAACAAGUAUUUACAUACAAGUAUAUAAACAGACGUACCGAAACCAGACUAAAAAACUUAAUAAAAGAAAUUGUUGUCGAUCAUCGGCGCAUA